AUGUUUAGACAAUUUUUUGAUACAUCAUUUAAUGAUUACCGUCAAGCACGAGUUGUCGUACAAGAAUUACUGUCUGAUCCAAAAAAAACUCCAUUACCUGAUUUUCAAAGAUUUUGCACAAGUCUUUUUACACAUAAAAAUUAUACAAAUGAACAAUUUAAACUUGAAUAUAGUUUUGUCAAAGAAAGUUUAAUUAUUGAAGAAGCAUCACUGAAUGAAAUUCAAUUGUAUCGGCGACCUUUGGCAUUUAUAUAUUUUACUGUUUCACAAACAAGUAAAGAAUUACGAGAUGUACUUGAUCAAUUUACAAAAAUUAAACAAAGACAAAAAGAUGUCUUUGUGCAUUUAUUUGUUCGCUAUAAAAAUGUAAACAGUAUAGAUGAUGACGAUGAAAUAUCAACCGAUGGAAAACUAGAUAAUAUAACUAUUGAUGAAUCUGAUUAUGCACCUUCAUCAUAUCGUCCAUCAGUUUCAAGUAUGAUGAGUGUGGAUUCUUAUCAUACAAUGCCUUACCCACUACCAACUAUUAAACAACAAGAUUCAAUGUCUCUUGAUGAGACUGGAAGCGUGACAUCCGAUUCAGUAUCACUAACAAAUAGUUUGACUGGUCCACCAGUAUUUCAAGGUGUUGGAGUUGAGAAUGUAAUCGGUGAUGAUGAUGAUACAGACGAGGCAACUAUUUCAAUUGAAACACCAAUAAAAACAUCUGAUAAAUCAUCAAAAAAAGUGAAACGUCCAUUUCUUAAAAGUUUAACAUUGGCGACAUCAAAUAUCCGUGAUUCAUUUGAUACUGAUUUAACAAAAGUUUUACAUUGUUUAGAAGCUAAUCUAGCAAAAUAUGUAUCUGAAUCUAAACAAUCGAAUGGAAUUAUAUCUUCAAUUGAUUCUCAAUUAGCUGAUAUACGUUUAAUGGUUAAUUCGGAAGAUAAUUGUAGUUUACUUCAAAGUCGAGCUAUAGAUCAUAAUGGAUUUAAUCAUGAUCGAGUAUUUAAAUCAACAUUAAAUGAAUUUGAUAUGCGUAUUAUGUUAAUAAUAUUCAAUCAUUAUAGCAAAGCUAGUACUAUUGUUAGUGCAGAAGCAGCUAAAAACAAAUUAGGAAAAAAGAUCAUUGAUGCACGAGUUCUAAAACGUAAAGCUGAUUGUUAUUUGUUGUUAGGUUCUAUUGAUAGAGCACAACAAACUUAUCGACGUGCUGCUGAAGCACUUAAAUCUCAGAAUGAUAUUUUAUGGCAUGCAGCUGCACUCGAAGGACGUGUAGCCGCAAAUUGUCUAUCAACAAACAAAUCCAAAACCCGAUUUCCGAAAACAAUGUCAUAUUUAUCACAACGUUCAUUUACUAAAAUGAUGUCAGUAAAAAAUAUUCUAAAACUAUCAUCACAUGCAUUACUAAGUUCACAACCAGAUAUCGAAUCAGCCAUACAAAUUUAUAGUUCAUCGAAUAGUUCAUUAUUAAAUAAUAAAAUAUUCCAACUUGAACUUGAUGCUUGUCUACGUUGGUGUAGUUUAUUAUUGGAACAAAAUGAUAUGAAAAAAUAUCGAAAGGAUAUUGACGAAUAUAUUCAACGUAUAAAUGCAUUAGGUUAUGAUUUAAAAGAACAUAUUGAUAGUAUAUAUUUGAAUGCAUAUCUAGCUGAAACAUAUGCUUUAAUUGGUCUAAAACGAAAAAGUGCAUUAUAUUAUCGAUCAGCUGCAUUUUCAGGUUUAUUAUUAUUGAAUGAACCGGGUGGUUAUCAUGAUGAAAUAAACUUUUUUGAUGAAUUAAUUAAACGAGCUCGUACUGGUUAUGGAAUUGAUGAUAAUCAAUUAAUUUUUCCAUUGAUACAAAAGACAGUCAUCAAUGAAUCACUUCAGAUCAGCCUCAAAAAUAAUGAUUUCAAAACAAUUAUCGAAAAUGUUCAUUUUGCAAUUGAAACAUUGAUCGAACAUAUGACUGAUGAUGAAUUAAAACAACUUUUGACAUUUUUAAAUGGUAGCAGCCAGUCUAUUGCUUGUUCAUAUUGUAGUAUUCCGCGAUUAAAAUCUCUCGACCUUCUUCCUUUAUCUGAUCGAUUGAAAGCAUGGAAAGCUGAACCGAAAAAUUCACCAUUUCUCUAUCAUGCAAAACGUGCUCUACCUAAUCAACAACAAUCUCUGCACCGGAAAGUAGAUUUUCUUUGGAUAAAAAAUCAACAAGUACAAAUAGCACUUGUCGUUGAAAAUUAUCUACCAUCCACGAUGUUUAUUGAUCAAUUAGAAUUCAUAACUGAAAGUCAAUUAUUUACAAAACUUGAAACAAAAUAUCGUGUUCCAUCACGAACAACAAAACGUUUGUUAAUUGAUUGUAUACCAAAAGAAAGUGGUCAAUAUCGAAUACAAGGUCUUCGUUAUCAUAUUUUAUCAACAAAUCAAGAAUAUCUUUUCAAAGAUUUUCCAACUAUUCGUCAUUGUUUAUGUUCUGUUGAUGUUGUUGAUGAAUUACCUAUUCUUAAUGUUGAAUAUCUUUUGGUUAAUGAUAUUCAAGUAGAUCUUAUUGAUAAAUCAUCAGUAUACAAUGCACAAGUUCAUCGAGGAGAAGAUUUAUUCGUAACACUUGGCAUAAUUAACUCAUCAUCGGAAUGUGAAAUUAGUACUCUAGAAAUUCAAGUUUUUGCAUAUGGUCUUAAUAUAACAGAAUGUAUUAAAAUUACAGAAUUCGAUUUACCAAUAUUAAUGGGUCAAACUACAAAGCCAAAAAUAGAUCUUAGUGAAAUUUAUGAUCGUUGUCUUUUGCGACACGAUCGUUCAUCAACAAAUAAUGAAUCUUUAACUAUCGAACUUCGUUUGAAUUAUUCUAAUGAAGUAUCAAAUACGAAUGGUUAUUAUCGACGAAAUACAAUUGAACUUCGUCUUGAUUAUUUAUCAUCAAUAAAAUUCGAAAUUAAUGAUAUACAAAAUGAUGAAGACGAUUUGUCAUAUCUUAUUUGUUGUAAAAUUGAUAAUCAUCUACCAGAAGAAAUUAUAUUCGAUAAUAGUACAGUAAAAUCAAUGGAAUCUUCACUCAUAACAAUAAAACAAGAUAAAAUAAAAUUAAAUACAUUUACAUCGGAUUUAAAUCAAUUAGUUGCUGAUAUUCGAACCCAAUUACCGACGCAUAUUCAUUAUGAAACUACUACUUCAAAUAAACAUCUUCGUUUACCUAUUGAUUGGCAAUAUUUUUCCAAUGACAAAAUUCAAAAUCAUUUCAGUGAUCUUAUCCAAUCACCUUAUACAUGUGAUUGGCAUUUUGAAAGAAUGGCUAAUACUUUACAUAUACGUUUAUGUGUUUUAUCAAAAUAUUAUAAAAUAUUACAAUUACAAUUUUUAUUUCCAACAUCAAAUGGUAUUCGAUUUCUAAAUUCAAAUAAGAUUAUAUUUAAUGAUAUUGAACAAGGAAAAUAUGUUAUGGCUGAACGUGUUGUAAUCUUUUCUAAAGGAAAUAAUUCUGAUGUACUUGUUGUUGAUGUUAGUGUGGAUAAUAUAGCAUGGAAAAGAAUUACUUUAACAUUUUAA